AUGGCUCCCCUAGAGCCGCAGAAUCCUAGACUGCUUUCGUCGCUCUACAGUUUCCUCGUAAUAGUCAGCAUUUUUCUAGUAGGCUUCGCCGCAUUUCGCAACACUUUAACUUGGCAUCUACAACGUUUCUGGGGUGCAUCAGGGGAACUCUGGCAAUCGCAAUGGGAUCGUUUCAUUGAUUUUACUGGUGAAGACCCUGCCACUUUGUGGGUGCUAAGCACCACUAUUUUCACCAUGUUUGUGUACUGGUUCUUCGGUGGAAUCUACACCAUGUUCGACGUGACCUGCAAGCCGGCCUGCAUACGUCGUUACAAGAUGCAACCUGGAACGAAUGAACCGGUAGAUAGAAAACGCCUAGCGAAAGUAAUUGCCACGGUUUUGAUGAACCAGACCGUGGUUGGCAUCCCGAUGGCAGUUUUCAUGUAUCAGGCAAUGCGAUUUCGUGGAUUGAACGACCUCCGUGAGCUUCCGACCUUCCACUGGGUGCUCGCGGAACUAGCAUUCUGUAUCUUCAUCGAGGAAAUUGGCUUUUACUAUGCACACCGAUUACUUCACAACCGAUAUAUCUAUAAGUUCGUCCACAAACAGCACCAUGAGUGGACGGCACCGAUUGCCAUUACCGCCAUCUAUUGUCACCCGAUCGAGCACGUGUUCAGCAACCUGGUGCCGCCAUUCCUGGGAAUUUUCAUGCUCGGCAGCCACGUCGCUGUUGCCUGGUUGUGGUUUACGCUGGUCAUCCUGUCGACGCUGAACGCUCACUCUGGCUACCAUCUGCCAUUUUUCCCCAGCCCGGAGGCACACGAUUUCCAUCAUUUGAAAUUUAACCAAUGCUUCGGAAUACUCGGCGUUCUAGACCGUCUGCAUGGAACGGACACGUUGUUCCGCAACACGAAGGCCUACGCCCGGCACAUCAUGAUGCUGAGCUUCAUACCGGCACGGGAAGCUUUUCCAGAACCUGCCAAGAAAGUCUUCUAA